AUUAUUUUAUUGUUAUUCGGUCACAUUUAUACUAUUUUGUUAAAUUAGAUUCUUUUUCAAUUUUGAUAAUGAAAUGUGAUAUUAUUCCAAGUAAUCUUUUUAAUUAUAAUUAAAACCACACUUUUCAAUAGUAAUUUCUUUAUUAAGCAUUGCCAGAUUAUUCUUUAUUUAGACAAUCUAGUAUAAUGUUUCGCAAUGGUAAAUUUUCUGAAACAACACCUGCAAAACAGUCACGUAGUGAACGUUUUCAAGAAAUGUCUAAGCAACAGCAAUUAAUUGAGCAAAAAAAACGUGAGAUUCAAGCAAAGUUUGAAGAAAAAAAAAAGAAAGCAGUUGAAAUAAUCGAGGAAAAUAAAAACCGAAAACCAAUAGCUAUUACUAAAAAUGCAAUUAAAUUGGACAAGAUUAAGUCAUUUUAUCAAAAAUCAAAGAGUUUAAAAAAGAACGAAACUAUAGUCAAAAAUGUUAAUGAAGAACUACCAUAUGAGUCAACAGGGGCCCAUAAGAAUAAAUCUAAUGUAGAAGAUAUUUUUGAGAAAGUGGAUAUUACUGAUACAAUACAUUCUAAAAGAGAUGCUGAGCCAGAAACUGAACGUGGACCAAAAUUAGAGUCUAGUUAUUGUCAAGAAGCAUACAAAGAAGCUAAACCCUUUAUUCCAGAUCAUCAAUUUAUCGGUUAUAUUAAUCAAUCAUACCAACAACCUAAUUACUAUAAUUCUCCAUCAGUUCAAGUAACUUCCAUUCAACCUCAACCUCAAACAUCUGUGGUUCAAGUUCCUACUGUUUCUAUUGUUACUACACAUCCGAUUCUACAAUUAUCACAACCAACAUCAAUGUAUCAGGCACAAAAUUCAGUCUUUUUAUCACAAAAUAAUUCAAAAAUUUCAAUUCCUCAUGGCACUUAUCAACAAUAUCCAUUGCAAACUCCUCCACUGACUGCUACAAUAGUUACAGAUACUACAACAACUACAACUGUGCCUCGUAAUGCUGAUGAACAACCAUCACUCAUUGUUACUGAAACUUCAACUGUAUCUUUGGGACCUACUCCAGAUGCAGCACAUCUUUUAAAUGCACCACCACAGACAAUUGAAACUUACACUCCGGUUCCGAGAGCUUUGAAUACAGUGAUGAGGUGUGAACCACAAGCUGUACUUGAAAAUCAAGAUGUUGAAAGUCUAGCUGCUACUGUUGCUGAAUAUGGUGAUGAAAUAGAAAAUAUUAUAUUACAAGAACGACCCCAAGAUGUAAAUUUAUUAUUUUUGAGAGAUAAAACUUCUCCUGCAUAUACAAUUUUUCGUCAAAGAGUAGGAUACUUAAAGGCAAAAACUAUUGCUAACAAACUAACACCAACUGAUAUAAAAUCUCAAACUUCGUUAAAUGAAGUAUCAGCUGCAGACUCAGAAAAUGAAGAUGUAACUAACAAAAAACGUAAGCGUAAAAGUCGUUGGGCAAAUGAUAAUGUUAAAGUUCCAGUUAUUUCACCGAUUGAUGUUAUUAAUCCUGUUAUGACUGGACAACCAAUUCCCCAACCAAUUAAUACUCAAAAACUUGUCGGUAUUCCUGGUAUGUCCGGUCCUAUGAUUAGUCAAGUUGGACGCAAUGAUCCUGCUUUAGUUCAGUAUGCCAUGCAAUCAUUUGGAACUCUCAAUUUAUCAGAAGAAGAUUGGAAAAAAGCUGAAGAUCAUUAUAAAAUUAAUUUGUUGUACCAAGAUAUGUUAAAAAAACGUCAACAAUUGGAAAGUCUACAAAAAGCUGGGAAAUUCAAGUACGAAUAUGAUAGUGAUGAAGAUACUGAAGGUGGAACUUGGGAGCAUAAGUUAAGAAGAGAUGAAAUGGUAGCUACAGAAAGAUGGGCUGAAGAGUUAACUGAAAAAUCUAAAGAUAAACAUCAUAUAGGAGAUUUUUUACCUCCUGAUGAACUUGCUAGAUUUAUGGAAAAAUAUUCUGCUUUAAAAGAAGAUCGCGAGCCUGAUUUGUCUGAUUACAAAGAAUUUAAACUGAAAGAAGAUAACAUAGGUUUUCAGAUGUUACAAAAACUUGGAUGGUCUGAAGGCCAAGGUUUAGGAUCUAGUGGUACUGGUAUUGUCGAACCAGUUAAUAAAGGUGGAUCUCAUAAUGAAAAUCAUGGACUUGGGGUUGAUAGGCCAUCAGAAUUAAGACAAAAUGAUGAUGAAUUUGAUGCUUAUCGGAAGCGAAUGAUGUUGGCGUAUCGUUUUCGUCCUAAUCCUUUGAAUAAUCCUAGAAGACCUUACUAUUAAAGCAUUUUAUAUUUUAAGCAUUAACAUUCAAAUUUGAAAUUUGUAUUAAUUAUAAAAUUAUGUAUUUUUAUUGUUG